UCAUGAUUCCAGGCCCCGUCGGCUCUGCUCAGGGACACGCUCUGUCUCUGUGAGGAGCUCUGGAGUGUCAGAACAGAAUGAUUGGCCAGCUCAAGUGAAGUUGCUCCCUGUUCCUGCUGUAGAGCAUAAAAACAGUUAUUCUUGUUCAAGUUACUCUUCUGAUGCUCUGGAUUUUGAGACUGAGCACAGAUUAGAUCCUGUGUUUGAUUCUCCAAGGAUGUCUCGUCGUAGCUUGCGCCUGGUCACAGCAGCGUAUAGCUCUGGGGACAGCCAGGCUAUGGAUGCACAUUCCUGUGCCAGCGGCAUGGCCUCCCUCAAGGACAGAGUCGCCAAAACAGUAAAACAACGCAAAAGUGCAAGCAAGCAGGCGUCUUUCAGCAUCAACCAUCUGUCAGGGAAGGCCACAUCCUCCAGCAUCAGCCAGGGCAGCUCUGGCAGUCUACAGGGCACUGUGCCUCCAAAGCCACAUGUGCUGGAUGAGACUCUGAUUCGUGAGCAGACCAAAGUGAACCACUUCUGGGGUCUUGAUGAUGAUGGAGAUCUUAAAGGUGGAAAUAAAGCUGCCAUUCAGGGAAAUGGCGACCUGGCAGCAGACACAGCAGCCCGCAAUGGGUACACCUGCAGAGAUUGCAGCAUGCUCUCAGAGCGCACAGAUGUGCUCACUACCCACCCUGCCACCCAUAAGCCUGCGUCAAGGAUUUAUUCCAGGGAUAGGAAUCUGAAACGCGGUGUGUCUUUCUACAUGGAUAGGACUUUGUGGCUGGCCAAAUACACUUCAUCAUCUUUUUCGUCACUUUUAGUUCAACUUUUUCAAGUGGUUUUAAUGAAGCUCAAUUAUGAAUCAGACAAUUACAAAUCGAAAAAUUAUGAAUCAAAAGAUUGUGAAUCAGAAAGCUAUAAGUCAAAAAGCCAUGAAAAAAAAGCUCACCACAGUUAUUGUGGGAGAAUGACUGUCACAGAGCUUCCCAGGGAGGAUGACCGUCCGAGUGUGCAUGGAGAGUCACUCUGCGAUGACUGUAAGGGAAAGAAGCACCUCGAGACACACACAGCCGCCCACUGGCAGCCAUCCAGGCCACGCAGGGUGGUAGGGGCCAUGGGGCACCUCUGCACCCGUGCAGGUUACUUCUUGAUGCAGACGCUGGGAAGGGCCAGAGCUGCUGGAUGGUUUGUGUCCAAGACGGUGUGGUCAGUCCUUUGGUUGGCCACUGUUGCUCCAGGGAAGGUGGCCUCUGGAGCACUCUGGUGGCUGGGGUAUGGAUGGUACCAAUUUGUUACUCUGAUCUCUUGGCUGAAUGUGUUUCUUCUUACAAGGUGCCUUCGAAAUACUUGCAAGUUUUUAAUUUUGCUCAUCCCACUAUUACUUUUACUAGGUGCAGGCCUCUCUCUGUGGGGCCAGAGUGAUUUCUUUUCCCUCCUGCCUGUGUUAAACUGGACAGAUGUGCGUACAGUAGAGAGGAUAGAGGACUCUAAGGACACAUUCAGACCUGGGUCUUCUCACCUGCAGAAUAAUGGACAGGCUUCCUGGUGGCUGCAAGAGAAUGACAUGAGGCAGCAGGUGGCCUCUUUUUCUGCUCAGUGCCACAACCAUGAGGAAAAGCUCGGGGAGCUGACAAUCUUACUUCAGAAACUGCAAGCACGGGUGGACCAGAUGGAUGAUGGCAGGGAAGGGCUGUCACUGUGGAUGAAAGAUAUGGUUGGACAGCACCUGCAAGGGAUGACUGCUGCUGGGCUUGUGGACACCAAGACUGACUUGAUGACUUUCCGUCAUGAACAUGAAGCACGUCUCUCAAAAUUGGAAGAUAUUCUUAGAAAACUGACAGAAAAAUCUGAGGCUAUCCACAGGGAGUUAGAACAGACCAAGCUAAGAACAUUCAGUGGAACAGAGGAACAGUCCCUCCUGCCUCGCGUGGAGCACUUGGAACAGGAGCUGGGCCUCCUGCGGUCACAGUUGGCGGAGUGGCAGCAGCUGAAGGCUGGCUGUGAGAAGGUGGAUGCCCAGGUCAAAGAAACCCUCAGGCUCAUGUUUUCUGAGGACCAGCAAGGUGGUUCCCUUGAGUGGCUGGUACAGAAGCUGUCUUCACAUUAUGUGAGCAAGAGUGACCUGCAGGCCUUGUUACGGGACCUUGAGCUGCAAGUGCUCAAGAACAUCUCCCACCACCUGGUGGUGACAGGCCAGAAGCCAACGUCCGACACUGUGGUGUCUGCCAUGAGCGGGGCAGGGAUUUCUGGAAUCACAGAAGCGCAAGCACGUGUCAUUGUGAACAAUGCUUUGAAGCUCUAUUCUCAGGACAAGACUGGAAUGGUGGACUUUGCCCUGGAAUCUGGUGGUGGCAGCAUUCUGAGCACUCGCUGCUCAGAGACAUAUGAAACCAAGACCGCAUUGCUGAGCCUGUUUGGGAUCCCACUGUGGUAUUUCUCUCAGUCGCCCCGGGUAGUGAUCCAGCCUGACAUUUAUCCAGGUAACUGCUGGGCAUUUAAAGGCUCCCAGGGGUUCCUGGUGGUGCGGCUGUCAAUGAAGAUCCACCCAACUGUGUUUACUGUGGAGCACAUACCAAAGACACUCUCACCAAUGGGCAACAUCUCCAGUGCUCCCAAGGACUUCGCAGUCUAUGGAUUAGAAAAUGAGUAUCAAGAAGAAGGGCAGCCCCUGGGACAGUUCACAUACAACCAGGAAGGGGAGUCACUGCAGAUGUUCCAGGCUCUGGAAAUACCUGACAAAGCUUUCCAGAUAGUGGAGCUUCGGAUCCUGUCCAACUGGGGACACCCUGAAUACACCUGUCUUUACCGGUUCCGAGUCCAUGGCCAGCCUGCCCAGUAGAGAGGCACUCCCUAGUUUGUACAGUUUGUAUAUACCAGCAUCCCAGAACACUGGAACCCUUCAAGGAUGAGGGUAUGUGUAGAACAGAGGGAUGCAUCAGCCCUUCAAUAAAUGUGGUGUGGCAGCCUGGCACAUUGACUGACAUCCUUGAAGCUGCAUCUACAUAGAGUCGGCAUCGGGGUCUCUGGAAGUUUAUUUGAAUGUAUGCUUCUGAGAUAGUUGAUUUGUUUUUGAAUGUAAAGCUCUUUAUAUUUGUAUUUCUUGACAUCUGCAGCACAGCAGAUGGAGUUGAGAAGUUUGAUGUGUUGAAGCUCUGAUGUGGGGGUCUUUCACUGGUUCUAACAGGACCUUGGGAGGAUAGACCUAUUUCAUCUGUUAGGGCCAUACACAUUUCUUUCAGGGAAAACUGCCACCUAGUUUUCUGUUGGAACCCCUUCCCUUGGUUUAUCUCCAGGUCCCCAGUGUCCAGAUGGGAGGGCUGAGGUGCAUCCUGGGCCUGAUUUGAGUAGAGUUAGGGUUCACUGUGCUGACUCCUCAGAGGGAGGCAGGCGGGGGAUGGGGGUGGGGGCCUCCGCUGGGGGUCAGUCAAUCCCGAGCACUAAACAUGGCUGUGAGGGCACACUGUGGGCGGGAUCCAGGACACCUAGCCUUUUGGUGUCCCCCCAGGGUAUUCUGUUCCUGCUAACUGGCAACACUAAGGUGCCGACCCCUGCGGCUGCUUCUGCUCCACAGUCGCCAGGGAGCCAUUUUCCCUACAGCAGCACUUUGUGCGGCUCUCGGGGUCUGCCUUCCAUCGCUGCCGCCAGCAUUCUCACUUGAAUCUUGUGAGACUUGUUUAUAAUAUUUAAUAUUUAGACUACUUUGUGAGCAGACUAUAAUUGAGAUAGCUACAAGGCACUUAAAAGUGUUAACGGUUCUACCUAAAUAAUUAUUUAAGCCCCAUUGGUCAAGACACUUGGCAUUCCAUCACUGCUGUACUUUUAGAUAAAGAUCACAGUGGUGCUUACUGGUUUCUAGGGAGUUUUGUGUGUGUUGCAUAUAGUCCCAAAUACCUCUGCCACAUGUGGCAGUGCUCCUGCUCCUCUUUGGACUGGGACUGAGCCCUGUGCAGUCAGGUCAGAUAGGAUGUGUACAGACGUUUCAUACACUAUAAGUUACAUAUAUACAUCAAAAUUUCCUAUAUAAAACUAAAUUCAGAGGUUGGGUGGAGAUAUUUUGAAUAUUUAUUUUUAAAGAUGCAACAUAGGACUUUGUGCAAUGUAUUUUUGUAAAUGCUUUUCAAAAUAUUUGUCUUUGAUAGUGUUUUGUUUGCUGCCACCAAAUUGAUAAAUGCUAUUGAGAUGUUUAAAUAAAGAGUUUUAAUUUUUAAAAAUGCAUGUGAUAUUUCAAAUGAAUAAAAAACAGUAUAUUUC